UCCGAGGGCGGCUGGCCCCGAGGUGGGGGCGGCUCCGAGGGCGGGCGGCUGCGCUCUAAGAUGGCGGCGCGGGCCCCACGUGGUGCGCGCUGAGGCGGGCGCGGGGCGGGCGCUGGCGACAUGGCGGCGACGGCGGCGGGUAGCGAGGGCGGGAGGAGCGACGGAGCGGAGGAGGACGAGGUGGAGGAGCAACUGGUCAUGGUUGAGCUAUCAGGAAUUAUUGAUUCAGACUUCUUAGAAAAAUGUGAAAACAAGUGCAAGAUUUUGGGAAUAGAGACAGAGAGGCCCAUUUUGCAAGUGGACAGAUAUGUAUUUGCAGGAGAAUAUGAAGAUGCCUUGGGAACCUGUGUGGUUUUUGAAGAAAACACAGAGCAAGAUGCAGAAGGCAACCAAAAAGUACAGCUGAAAUACAAGUGCCACACAGUGAAGAAGCUGAACAUGACACGGACCCUUCUGACUGAAAAGAAGGAAGGAGAAGAGAAUGUUGGUGGAGUAGAGUGGUUGCAGAUCAAGGACAGAGAUUUUUCCUACAGCAGGCUUAAUAUGAUUUGCAGUUUUCUGCCUGAAAAGGAUGAUUCUGAGGAGUCAGCUCAGGCCCAAGAUAAACUGACUGAAGAGUCAGAGGGAGAAGUGAGUGGCAAAGGCAAUUCUAACAUGAACUGUGACCUGGAAAAGCAGCACACCUUGGAAACAGAUGCCCCUAUUCCUUUGCCUGUCAGCUCUGCUUCUGGGGCAGAGGAAACUCCUUCUGGAAAUGCUGCCUUAGAGGAUGUACCUCCAUGAUACUAACUCUGAUCUUUUCAGGAUUUCUUCACAGAAUUAAUGGGCCAACUUUUGUAGGCCAUGACAUGGUUUCCACCUUGUCUGAAAAAUGAAUAGUGGAAAAACAGACAUUAUGUUCUUUUGUGUUUGAAUUAUUUUGAAUUAUACAAAGAGGGAAGGGCUUAAGUGUUUUUUAAAAUUACUGACUGAAAAUGUAUGUAUCCCUACCUCAAAACUGGACAAGUGGAAAUGGUUACAUAAUUAAAAGAAACUCCUAGCUUAGAAAAAUGUUGAUGUAUUGUACAGACUGAAACAUUUUGUAAAAAGAAACACAAUUGUUUAAAAUAAAGACCUGAAUUUUUUC